AUGUCUGACGCAGGUAGAAAAGAUUUCAGCGACAAAGUUUCCGAAGGUCUAAAACCGGACUCCCAGAAGUCCUACAUGGAGCAAGGUAAGGAGAAGGUGACCAACGCUGCGGACAGAGCCGCAGCAGCUGUCACCCCAGAGGAGAACAAGAGCGGUACUCAAGGUGUGGCUGAUGCCGCCAAACGUGGCAAAGAAGACGCCGGCGGCGAGUCGUACUCCGACACCGCUAAAGACUACGUUGAUGCGGCUAAGAGCAGACUGAACGACGCUGUUGAGUACGUCUCAUCUGCUGUUCACGGCGGCGAGCCAAAGAAGUAA